AUGGAAACGCACAGAAUCCAGGAGGACGCUCAGGGAGGACCAGCUGUCCCUGGGCACAGUCAGGUGACCCCUGGCUCGAAGCACAAGAGGGAGAGAAGCCCGGCUGGCUCCACUGGCAGUCGACACCAAGAAAGGGGAAAGGGGGAAGAGAAGAUAAUGACACGGACCAGCCCUACCAGCCACAGCGCAAAGGACAAGCCUGAUUCCACCAGAGCGGGAGGUCACCGCAGAGGAGGUACUGGACACGGGGUUUGGCGCCCGAGUGAUCGGAGGAACGGGCCGAGAUCCCCGAGGACCACCACCGGCCCCCGCCGCCGACCUGAGGUCCCGGAGCACAGGCCCAGCUCUCCGAAGCGCCGCCGCCGCCUUUUCCCAGAAGCCCGCGUCUCCAUGUCCACCCCGCUGUCCCGCGUCUUCAACCACCUAGGCGGGCUGCAGGUGGGCCUGGCGGAGCUUCGGGCUCCCGGGGGCGCCUUCCUGCCAGGGCCCCGCAGCGACCACAGGGAGCCCACCGCGGAGCAGCGCGCCUGGCUCUCCUGGCAGCUGGGGCACUCCGGGGCCGCCCUGCACUGUGCCUUCGCCACCCUCCAAGCCCUGCUGGCAGGGCAGCCCUGCCAGGCGGGCCCGCCGCCCUCCGCGCCUGCUCCUGGGUGGCCUCCGCUGGCGCCCAGCAGGGAGCGCUCUCGCCUUUUGCAGGGGCCCAGUCCUGAGCCCCAGAGGGAACUGAAGCUCAGCCCUGCAAACUCACAGCGCAGUGCACCCCAGCAAGUUGCAUGGGGAAAGCCAGGGAGUCUCCAGCAGCCAGGAGAGCCGAAAUAA